CGGAUCGACCCAUCCACCACGAGAUCAUCCUCGAGGACGGGGCCGUACCUCCGUGCGGUUGCAUCUACCGAAUGAGCGAGGAAGAGUUAAGUGUGCUUCGGGCACAACUCGACGACCUUCUGGAGAAAGGUUGGAUUCGGCCUAGCUCAUCGCCAUACGAUGCUCCUGUUCUCUUCGUCCGGAAGAAGAACAAGGACUUGCAGUUGUGCAUCGAUUAUCGCAAGCUCAACGCGCAGACGAUCAGGAACGCCGAACCUCUCCCACGCAUCGAUGACCUUCUCGAGCGAUUGGGCGGUGCCCAGUUCUUCUUUAAGCUGGAUCUCAAGUCAGGGUACCACCAACUCGAGAUUCGUAGGGAGGAUCGUUACAAGACCGCGUUCAAGACACGGUAUGGGCAUUUCGAAUGGCUGGUCAUGCCAUUUGGCCUUACGAAUGCCCCAACCACUUUCCAAGCGGCUAUGACGACGGAGUUCCGACACAUGCUGGAUCGUUUCGUACUUAUCUACCUCGACGACAUUCUGGUUUACAGCCGGAGUCUGGACGAGCAUGUAGAACACCAGCGCACCAUUUUGGAGCGGCUACGACAGGCCAAGAACAAAGCAAACUGCGACAAAUGCGAGUUCGCACAGCAGGAGAUGGAGUACUUGGGACACUAUGUGACGCCGCAGGGCAUCCGUCCGCUUGCAGACAAGAUCGAGGCCCUACUCUUGGAACAGCACGACGGCGACGACURGCACGCUGUGGAGUAUUUCAGCCACAAAGUGYCUCCCAUCAACUCGCUUGAUGAUGCAAGGAAGAAGGAGCUGCUCGCAUUCGUGAUGGCUCUCAAGCGCUGGCGGCACUUCCUCCUUGGGCGUCGUAGGUUCACAUGGGUCACAGACAACAAUCCAUUGACCUACUAUAAAACGCAGGACGUGGUGAGCAGCACGAUCGGACGAUGGAUGUACUCCAUCGACCGAUUUGACUUCACACCGAAACAUGUCCCCGGCCUCUCCAAUCGCGCAGCAGAUGCACUCUUGCGAAGACCUGAUCUUUGCGCUAUGUCACAUCAUGCCUUCGCAUUCGACGAGGAGYUUCAGCGACACUUCAUCCGGGCAUAUCAGUCUGAUCCGGACUUCGGCAUGCUCUAUGCACAACUAUCUUCGGAUUACCCGCCGGCCAGCCAUUACCGCAUUGCCGACGGGUACUUGCUUCUCCACUCGAGAGGCAAGGACUUACUAUGUGUCCCACGCGACCGUCGUCUUCGGACUCGCCUCCUUGGCGAGUACCAUGAUUCACGACUCGCCGGCCAUUUCGGAGUCAACCGCACUAUUGCACGGCUUCGACAGCGAUUCCGAUGGCCCGACCUCAUUACCGAUGUCACUCGGUAUUGCGACUCUUGCGAAGUUUGCUGACGCAGCAAGCCCUGCAACCGCAAUCCCUACGGCGAGUUACACCCGAUG